CCCACUCCCACGUCUGUCCGCGCGCGGUGUGGUCACACUACUACGGCACCGCCCAACGCCAUACUUGCCUUCUCCAUCCUCCUGCGGUCCCGCCGUCCUCUCUUCUAGUCCAGGCCACUUCUCAUGGCUGUGCACACGCAGUACUUGUCCCAUGCCUUCCCCUACGACCACAGCACCAUCAGGCCGGCGCUGGAUAACGCAAGGAACGCGUCCGUUUUCAUCAGCUCGGCGGUGGUCACCCGCUCGCGGCCAAACUCAGUGCUCAGCGACCUCACCGGCAACAACAACAACAGCAACGGUUGCUUCUUACCGAGGAAGCGCGCGCGGGUUGGCGACUUGGCCGGCGCGACCUUGAACUUGGACAUGCAAGGUCAACGCGCUCUGCUGCCGCUAGUGUCGGCGCCGGUGCCGCUGCCGCUGCCCGCGGGGGACGUGCAGAACAGGUUGCUCUGCUCUGCCUCCGCGUCUACCAGUGGGCACCCGACGCCCAGCGUCGCGCCGGUGUCGCAGGGCCUCCUGUCGCACCUCUACCGCCACGGCGUCGAGAUUGACGCGCUAGUCCGCAUCGAGAAGGAGAGGCUGCGAGCGGGGCUGCAGGAGGCGCGACGCCGGCACUUCCGGACGGUGGUGCUGGCGGCGGAACGUGCGGCGGCUCGGCGCCUGCGGGCAGCCGAGGCCGAACUGGAGCGCGCCAUGCUGCGCAACGUGGCGCUCGAGGAGACGCUCCGGCACACUGGAGCCGAGGGCCAGGCGUGGCAGGACAUCGCUAGGCGCCACGAGGGUGUCGCGGCGGGCCUACGCGCCACGCUGGACAACCUCACGCAGAUGCAGUCGCCAUGCGCCGGCGCAGAGGCUGCAGGCGCGGCUGCCGACGGCGACGCCGAGGACGCACAGUCGUGCUGCUUCGAGUUGGAGCAGGAACAGGGCGAGGGCGCCGAGGCGUACGGCGGGCGGGCGAGGGCGUGCAGGUCGUGCGGCCAGGCAGAGGCAUGCGUGCUGCUCCUGCCAUGCCGGCACCUAUGCCUGUGCCGCGGGUGCGAGGCGGGCGUCUGGGCGUGCCCCGUGUGCGCGGUCACCAAGAAUGCCUCGCUCCACGUCCUCCUGAACUGACAUGACAACAUGUGGCGUGGCAAUGCCAACACAUGAGUAAUGGGUUCGACCGACCCAUGGAACUCCUGUCUUAAGCCUAUCUCCAGCACAUCAGUUUAUCCAUACUAAUACAUAUAUUUUGAUAUUUAAACUACACUAUACGAAUAGUACAUCGUAUAGUACAAUCUACUGUGCAGAACAGUGCAAAAUAAUACUUUUAUGUAAACUUUGAGUAAACUGUUGCAGACGGCCUAAGACCGUCCAGAGAGUCGGUCAUCGG